CAGCGCAGCAGCAGCCGCCUCCCCUCCGCCGAGCUCAGCGCGCUGUCACUGACAGUCCGCACCGUUGCAGUCACUCACAACUGCGUCUGAUUGUCCGCUCUUCUGCUUUGGAAUGCAGACCGGAGAGAAUGACGCUAUGCGAUGCUGUCAUUUUUAUGGACUGACUACAGAAGCGUAGGUGGAGGGCUGAGCCCCUUUUGCUUUCAGCUUAGCUCGCUAGCCUAGUAGGCUAACGACAGCUAGCUGAUGCUGCGGUGGUGUCGGGGGUGGAAGGUUAGCGGCUAACGUUAGCAUUGAGUUCCCUGCUCCGUGCGGCAUCAUUUUUAACCACUUCGUUUUAAGAGUGAGUGGCAACUAAUUUCCAGUCCCAGUUUGACGCGGCGCUUCUCUUCGCUUAUUAAUUUUACAGGAAGCGUCGUUCCUGCGAGUCGGGGCUGUAGCUAUGCUAACGCUAGCCCAGUGAGAGCCCGUCGCAGAGGUGCGGAGCUCCGGGCGAGUCAAGCGGGGAGGAGGGGAUGUCGGCUGGGGCACGCGCCGGACUGUCAGGAGCAGGACGGCAGCAGUAUUCAUCGUAAUUCCCCCGUACAGAAUACAAGCGCUUAUCGGGGUAGUCGGUACGGGACGGUGGGUGAAAUAAAGGAAGCGGGGCAUUUGGCUAAAUGAGCAGCGGCGGGUCGUGAGCUGGUGUCCGCUGCGCCAGCUUCAGACGGGGGACACUGCUAGCGCACAGACACGCUUCAGAAGAUGGCUUCAGCCAGCAGCAUCGCCGCAUCUAUUGCGAGCAAAACCAAGACCAAGAAGAAACACUUCGUGGCUCAGAAAGUCAAGCUGUUCCGUGCCAGCGAUCCUCUGCUCAGCGUGCUGAUGUGGGGAAUCAACCAUUCGAUAAAUGAAUUAAGACAUGUUCAGAUUCCCAUCAUGCUCAUGCCAGAUGACUUCAAAGCCUUUUCCAAGAUUAAAGUGGACAACCACCUCUUCAACAAGGAAAACAUGCCCAGCCAUUUCAAGUUCAAGGAGUAUUGUCCUCUUGUGUUCCGGAACCUCAGAGAGCGGUUUGGCAUCGAUGAUUAUGACUUCUCGAACUCUCUGACACGCAGCGCUCCCCUGAACACUGAUGCCCAGGGGCGGAGCGGAGCCCGCUUCCACACCUCGUACGACAAACGCUAUGUCAUCAAGACCAUUAGCAGUGAGGAUGUGGCUGAGAUGCACAACAUCCUCAAGAAGUACCAUCAGUUUAUUGUGGAGUGUCAUGGCAACACGUUACUGCCUCAGUUUCUUGGGAUGUACCGGCUCACGGUGGACGGAGAUGAGACCUACAUGAUUGUGACGCGUAAUGUCUUUUCCCACCGCCUUUCUGUCUACAAAAAAUAUGAUCUGAAGGGUUCCACUGUAGCAAGAGAGGCUAGUGACAAGGAGAAGCCGCCGCCACCAGAGGAUGUGCGGCCCAAAUCUGGUAACGUUCAGCAAAGGCUGCAAACACUGCGGAUUGCCACGCGCUUUUACUGCGCCAUGAAACACGUAAGAGAAGCCAAGGACUUGCCCACUUACAAGGACAAUGACUUCAUCAACGAUGGUCAGAAGAUUUACAUUGAUGGGGAGAACAAGAAAAUGUUCCUGGAGAAGCUAAGGAAAGAUGUGGAGUUUCUGGCUCAUCUGAAGCUGAUGGAUUACAGUCUGCUGGUGGGGAUCCAUGAUGUGGAGCGGGCCGAGCAGGAGGAGGUGGAGAGCGAGGAGAAUGAGCCAGAAGAGGAGGGCGAGAGCGACGGAGGGGUCAUCGGCACGCCACCCGACAGCCCCAGCAACACCCUGGACAGCACCAAACCUCUGUCCCCCAGAGAGUUUGACCCCACCAUCGAUGUCUACGCCAUCAAAAGCAAUGAGGGUGCUCCCAGGAAGGAGGUUUACUUCAUGGCCGUCAUCGACAUCCUGCAGCAUUACGACGCCAAGAAGAAAGCUGCUCACGCCGCCAAGACGGUCAAACAUGGGGCGGGAGCCGAGAUCUCCACGGUGAAUCCAGAGCAGUACUCGAAGAGGUUCUACGAUUUUAUCACCACUAUCCUGUCAUAGCCUCCAGAAUGAAACUGGGCCACAGAGGCACAUCAGCGGGACGGCGAGCGAGGAGUAGAGCAGCGACGCGGUGGCGCCGCACGGCGCUCCUUCGCCCUUCCUCCUCGCCCCUCCCUGUUUGCGUCUCUGUUUUUUAGUGGUGCCGCGCUCUGCAACUAAAACUAUCACUCGUUUACAUUUAACCCCUCCUCAUGUUCAAGUGUUACUUUGGAUGUUAAAGUCGCUGUUUUUAUACAUAAAACCUGUUUUUUGUCUGUUUCGAUGUUACGUGGUAUUACAACUUUUUUUAUGACCCCUAACUUAACAUCCAGCACCCUGUUUUUUAAUUCAUUAAUAUUUUGAUAUUUGUAUUUGUUUUUCCUUCCUAAUAUUCAGGGGGAGGGUUCACGGAGGAUACAUGGCGGUAUAGUGAGGUCAGGCGUGAUAUGAAACCAACUUCAGUGUUGAUCCUCAUCCGAUGCAGUCGCCUUGUUUCGUGAAGAAGGACACAGUCUUCCAAUAGGCAAAGAGCUAGACUCCACCCACAUGUACUCAAACCAGAUACUUGCACCUUUUAGGCUCCUCCUCCAUCACCUGCUCCACCCCUCCUUCAGUUGUUGGUUUGAGCUUCUGGAUUUUCUGCUCGCUACACACCCAAACACGUUUCCUCUGUUUUCCUGCAUUUCUUCUGUGCAACUUUUUGCAACUUUAUGCAAAAACUAAAAAUAAUGAAUUAAAAAAGACGUGCAACUGAUUAGCCCUUUUCAGACGUGCAUCAUCUUAAGUUUGGGAUAACUAGACUUUGGAAAACCAGAAAAUAAGGUCUUGCAAUAGUCUGUUAAACAAAAGCAUGACCUACAACCCCUGGCAAAAAUUAUGGAAUCACUGGCCUCAGAGGAUGUUCAUUCAGUUGUUUAAUUUUGUAGAAAAAAAGCAGAUGACAGACAU